AUGGAAUAAUGGAAAUCAGUUGAACAUCAAAUUAUCUUUAUAAAUUUAGGAUUUAACAUAAUUAACAAAAUAAUGUUAUGCUCAAAAGUAAUAGUAUGAAUAUAGUUAGACAGGCCCUCUAAAAGUUAAUCAAUAUAGGACAUCCCUUGAAGAGAUUUGUGAGCCAUUUUAGAGGAUAAUUGUCAAAAAUGCCUUAAUAACAAGUUCCUUGGGAUAAUUUAGAGCAAUUGGAUAGAUUAGUAUGAAAAUAUGA